AUGGUGAUUGAGUCUCCCUUUGAUGAUCUGUACACCAUUACAAUGCCUGGACAACGGCAAGAUGGCUCUUCUUCCUCUUCUCAGCAACAACUCACACUGUAUGACCACAGACUAUGUGAUCACCAGUUCUUCUCCCAAUCAACCAAUGAAAACAUGCAAUUCUCCCGUGUAGUCACCAUCCCUGGAAUGUACAAUGUCAGUAGCAACCUCGGACAGAACCAUCAGAUUGCUGCAGGGGUUAGUCCAGACUACCAAAGGAUCAGAUCAAGCAAUGCUCUUCACCACAUAAGCCAGAUCCUGAUGGAGGAUGUCGAUGAGAGGGUCGGCUCGCAUGAAGGGGAGGCCGCCCUUCAGGCUGCUGAGAAGGCCUUCUAUGAUAUUCUCGAGCAGGUAUACCCACCUUCACUCGACUGGUCACCACUACAUAACAGCAGCGAAGCAGGAGGACCUGAUGAAGAAGGUAGUAGCAAUUAUCACAAAAGGCCUCGCAAAACCAGUUUCACUAGUGACAUUUCCAGUCACAUCAUGUUGCAGCCCUUGCCAACCCCUUUGAGUCCAUAUAGCUACGGCAGGAGUCUUUUCCUGCCAUAUCAGCCCUUGGCAAGCACUGGGAGGGCCUCAAGAUUUGGUUUCUCUGCCUUGCAAAUUAGAAGAGAAGCCGAGGAUGGAAAGGGGUUUGAUAAGAUGGUGAUCUGUUUGGACAAUGACAAGCUUUCGAUCUGCAGACUGACCACUGCUAAGGCAAAAAAAGAAGUCGGGAAGAGCAAAUAUGCAAUCUUUCAGAUCACAGACCACAGGAACAAUCCAUAUAUCCAGGACUUGGAUACCAGGGAAGGGAGAAGUAAAAACUAUACCGUCACUUGCGAAAUAAGCCGAAACGAAAAGUUCGACAGCAUUCUGCUAUGCCAUGGUUUCACUGAAACAGCAAGGCUGAGAGACAUGGCUGCAAAGGAAGAAAGUGAAAAUUCACCAAAGGGUCAAAGCAAAGCACCUGCUCAACAGAAGUUGCGGGGUACUAGGCAGCUCAAGAAAGAGGUGGUCGACCUAAGGACCCUCCUCAUCCACUGUGCACAAGCUGUGGCAGCUGACGACCGUUUGUUGGCUGGUGAGCUCAUCAAGAAGAUAAGGCAGCACUCCUCGAGAGAUGGAGAGUGGUGCCAGAGACUGGCAUUUUACUUCGUGAAUGGCCUUGAGGCACGCCUGGCUGGGACGGGGAGUCAGUUGUUCCACAAGAUGCGGGCGAAGCAAGUAAGCUACGAAGACAUGUUGAAGGUCUACAACUUCUAUCUUGCAGUCUGCCCUUUCCACAGGGCAUCACAAACCUUCGCGAACCAAACUAUCUCGGAAGCUUCAGUGGGGCAAUCCAAGGUGCACAUCGUCGAUUUUGGUGUCUGUUCUGCUUUUCAAUGGCCAUCACUGAUUCAGCGUUUCGGUGAGCAAGGAAUGCCUCCAAGGCUUCGGAUCACAAAUAUAAUUGAAGUGCCUCGGCCAGGUUUCAACCCCUUGGAGAGCAUUGAGUGGGCAGGGAAGCUGUUGGCUGACUAUGCAAACAUGUACAAGGUGCCCUUUCAGUAUCAGGGCAUUUACUCACGAUAUGAAGAUAUUCAGAUCGAAGAUCUCAACAUUGAGGAGGAUGAAAUGCUUAUAAUCCACUGCAUGUACCGGAUGAAGAACCUCGGCGAUGAGACAGUAGCCAUGGAUAGCGCAAGGGAUAGGGUACUGAAGAUCAUGAGGAGGAUGAACCCAAAGGUGUUUAUUGUUGGCAUUCUGAAUGGAUCAUACAGUUCCCCCUUCUUCCUGAUACGUUUCAAAGAGCUUCUGUUCCAUUACUCCUCGAUGUUUGACAUGCUUGAUACGAACGCUCAACGGGAUAAUGAAGAAAGAAAGGUGUUGGAGGGUGGAAUGCUUGGGCGGGAUAUGUUAAACAUCAUAGCAUGUGAGGGUGCUGACAGGAUUGAGAGGCCAGAAACUUACCAGCAGUGGCAAGCAAGAUGCCUCAAGGCUGGGUUCGAGCAGCUUCCUCUCGAUCCUGCCAUCAUGAAGUCAGUGUUAUGGAUGAAGAAAGAAUUUUACCAUGAGGACUUUGUUGCUGAUGAAGACAGCGACUGGCUGCUACAAGGGUGGAAAGGGAGAGUACUGUAUGCACUGUCCAAAUGGAAGGUUAAUGGAUCAUGUGCUGAUCAGUAA